AUGAAGGGGACGGAAUAUGGGAGAAGGGGAUGGAAUUUGGGAAAAGGGGAUGGAAUCAGGGAGAAGGGGAUGGAAUCAGGGAGAAGGGGAUGGAGUCCGGGAGAAGGGGAUGGAAUCUGGGAGAAGGGGGUGGAAUCAGGGAGAAGGGGAUGGAAUCCGGGAGAAGGGGAUGGAAUCCGGGAGAAGGGGAUGGAAUCUGGGAGAAGGGGAUGGAAUCUGGGAGAAGGGGAUGGAAUCUGGGAGAAGGGGAUGGAAUCUGGGAGAAGGGGAUGGAAUCUGGGAGAAGGGGAUGGAAUCUGGGAGAAGGGGGUGGAAUCUGGGAGAAGGGGAUGGAAUCUGGGAGAAGAGGAUAGAAUCUGGGAGAAGAGAUGGAAUCUGGGAGAAGGGGAUGGAAUCUGGGAGAAGGGGAUGGUAUCUGGGGGAUGGAAUCUGGGAGAAGGGGAUGGAAUCUGGGAGAAGGGGAUGGAAUCUGGGAGAAGGGGAUGGAAUGAGGGAGAAGGGGAUGGAAUCGGGGAGAAGGGGAUGGAAUCUAGGAGAAGGGGAUGGAAUUUAGGAGAAGGGGAUGGAAUCUGGGAGAAGGGGAUGCAAUCAGGGAGAAGGGGAUGGAAUCGGGGAGAAGGGGAUGGAAUCAAAGAGAAGGGGAUGAAAUUUGGGAGAAUGGGAUGGAAUUUUGGAGAAGGAGAUGGAAUCUGGGAGAAGGGAAUGGAAUCUGGGAGAAGGGGAUGGAAUCUGGGAGAAGGGGAUGGAAUCUGGGAGAAGGGGAUGGAAUCAGGGAGAAGGGGAUGGAAUCUGGGAGAAGGGGAUGGAAUCGGGGAGAAGGGGAUGGAAUCUGGGAGAAGGGGAUGGAAUCUGGAAGAAGGGGAUGGAAUCUGGGAGAAGGGGAUGAAAUCAGGGAGAAGGGGACGGAAUCUGGGAGAAGGGGAUGGAAUUUGGGAGAAGGGGAUGGAAUCGAGGAGAAGGGGAUGGAAUCUGGGAGAAGGGGAUGGAAUCUGGGAGAAGGAGAUGGAAUCUGGGAGAAGGGGAUGGAAUGAGGGAGAAGGGGAUGGAAUCGGGGAAAAGGGGAUGGAAUCUGGGAGAAGGGGAUGGAAUUUAGGAGAAGGGGAUGGAAUCUGGGAGAAGGGGAUGGAAUUAGGGAGAAGGGGAUGGAAUCUGGGACAAGGGGAUGGAAAUUGGGACAAGGGGAAGGGGAUGGAAUCUGGGAGAAAGGGAUGGAAUCUGGGAGAAGGGGAUGGAAUUUGGGAGAAGGGGAUGGAAUCAGGGAGAAGGGGAUGGAAUCUGGAAGAAGGGGAUGGAAUCUGGGAGAAGGGGGUGGAAUCUAGGAGAAGGGGAUGGAAUCUGGGAGAAGGGGAUAGAAUCUGGGAGAAGGGGAUGGAAUCUGGGAGAAGGGGAUGGAAUCUGGGAGAAGGGGAUGGAAUCUGGGAGAAGGGGAUGGAAUCAGGGAGAAGGGGAUGGAAUCUGGGAGAAGGAGAUGGAAUCUGGGAGAAGGGGAUGGAAUAUGGGAGAAGGGGAUGGAAUCUGGGAGAAGGGGAUGGAAUCGGGGAGAAAGGGAUGGAAUCUGGGAGAAGGGGAUGGAAUCUUGGAGAAGGGAUGGAAUCUAGGAGAAGGGGAUGGAAUCGGGGAGAAGGGGAUGGAAUGAGGGAGAAGGGAAUGGAAUCUUGGAGAAGGGGAUGGAAUCUGGGAGAAGGGGAUGGAAUCGGGAAGAAGUGGAUGGAAUGA